AGCUGAUAGAAAAGCUCUAGGUGAAGUGUAGAGUGUUAGAUAUUAGUCUGAAUGAAGGAUUUAUUAAAUGACUAACUGCUGAAUUGCUACACGGUCUGGUUUGGCUUGGUUUUAGUUUUUGUUCUGCGCUGUCAAAGGUAACUUAUAUACAUCCUGCUGAUUACUGUGUUUUUGAAGUGGAAACACACUAGCUGGCAAAAUCAUAAGAAAUCCCACACCUAAGCGGCAAUAUUGAUGGCUUGUUUAUUUAAAAUAAAUGCUCGACCGUGACUAUUCAACCCGUUAAGAAGAUAGCUUCCUGACUAGCUCUACAGCUAAGUGCCUGACAGCAGGAUAAGCUAGCUGCUGUACAGAAGAGGUUAUCCCACUCUCUUUUCAGGAAUGGCAGCAUUACUCACUCGCUGAAUUUGUUUUAAAAUUUAAGGACAGGGUGUGUGUUAUUGCUGUAUGUAGCAUUUUGGUAUGAAAUGCUAAGUUGUGGAGAUUAUGUGGUUAUGUUCCCUCAUUAGUGGCAUUGUGUUUUACUGGAGUGACCAAAACCUGGCUUCGCCCCCCCUCCUGCUCAGUGAGUUGGUUUCGUCCGGGUGAUAGGCGGGGCACUGAUGCAGCUCAGCCUGAAUCAGCUGCCCAAAAUCGCUUGUAGUCGCACCAGCCGCAGCGUCCGCGGCGCGCUAAUGAAGUAGUACAACGCUAAAUAUUUGGUCAGUCUAGCUUAUGGAAACGGACCUCCGCAGAAAUGUGUGCGAACGUCUUCGGCAUGUUGAAAAGCCUGUUUGGGAAGCCCUUUGAUGGUGGGAAGAGGACAAUGGAUCAUGGCAACCAACAGCAACAGCAACCACAGACCCAGUACAUGGCAGGGCCAUUCCAGGCAUACAUGGGCCCUCAGGGUCCAUACCCUGGGCCCCACCCCACCCUGGUGCGCCUGGAUGAGCUGCAAAGGGAAGCGGUGACAUUAGGACAGCAAGUGUGUUCCUUCAGUGGCCUGCAGAGUGACAGAGAGUACAAACGACUCGAGAGGGAGCUGGCACGACUCCAGCUGGAGGUGGAUCAGGUGGAGACAGAGGGACGGAUGGAGCUGCAGCAGGCUCGGAAGCGGGCAGCAGGGGAGGUGGAGGGGUUGUUGCGCUACCUGGAGGGUAAUGCUACUCACCCAUCUCGAAUAGCUAUAGAAGAGCUGAGCCAGGAGGCACAGAGGCUCCUGCUGGCAGGGGUGGUGGCUCCAUUUCGGCAAGGACAGGCUCAGGAUGCAGCGGAGACUGGUGAGGACCUUGUGGAAGCUGUGCAGGAUGUGGCAAUGCGCCUGGCCCAGAUCAAGACAGGCGGAAGUGUGCCGCUCAGGAAGGCCCGUUACCGCGCUCUUACCCGCGUCUGCGCUGUACAGGAUGUGCUGGAGGGCCGCGUUCGCACGCACACACUUGCGUUGCCUCUGUCUGAUGAGACCCAUGAGGCCGUGCAGCGCAUCAAUCAUGUGAUGGUGCAGGUGAGUGGUGCCCGCUGCCAGCUGGUUGCUCUGCUGAUGGGGUUGAGUGGGCGGGACAGCUGUGCCCACCUAGCACGUGUCCUCACUGAGCUGUUAGUGGAGCUGGAUGCACUGGACGUGUCCAGUAACUCAGCCGUCAGGAACUACAGGAAGCAGGUGGUGGAAGAGAUCAACGGCCUCCUUAAACACCUCGAUCUGGAGGGGGAGGGAGAUGACACUCGCAGGUAUGACCUGACGCAAAAUGACUCCAUCCGUGAAAUUGAGGCCAUCCGAGGCCGUGUGUCUGUGCUGCGGGGAGAGGUACUGAGACAGGGUAUGGCAGGCCAGGGGGCGGAGCUUCAGAGUCUUCUAACUCAUCUGGACCAAGUGGACACCGGACGGAACCCCUGCAUUAGAGAGGCACGGAGAAGGGCUGUGCUGGAGAUCCAGGCAGUGAUCACCUAUCUUGACCUCCGGGAAGCCCUCGGCCGCCGGAACCCUGGACCAGAUGAACCUCCACCUCACGCAGCCGUGUGGCAUGUCCUUGCCAGCCUCUCUGACCUGCAUUUCCAAGUGCUCGGCUUUGAUGGCAAGAGAGCUGACAAGAGUUACAUGGUGCUUGAGGAGUUGCUGACCAAGCAGCUUCUGGCUCUGGAUGCUGUGGACCCUCAGGGGGACCAGGGAACAAAAACAGCCCGUAAACAAGCGGUAAAAUAUGCCCAGAACAUCCUCAGCUACCUGGACAUGAAGACUGAUGAGUGGGAAUAUUGAGAGUGGGAAGAGAAUAAAAGCAGAAUACUGGAAAGAUUCACUUGCACAAAGUGCUUUGAAAUUGUUUUGUGCCUAGUUAAUGGCAUGGUGGAGGAGCACUUGCACAAGUCGAAUUUGUAUAUAAAAGACUUUGUCCUAGAUGGUAAACUUCUUUCCCUACAUACACUGCAACUGCUGCUUUUCAGUUUGUCUAUUCUGUUUAUUAUCCUAGUCAUUGGCCAGUGGGACAGUUGUUACUAAAAACAGCAGUUUUAUUCACUAGGUUGUCCGCAAGAAAACCUAUGCAGCAUUUGAGUGUUCCUGUUUUGAUUCUGGCUCCAUGGUGUGCUUUUUUCAGAUGCAUCCUUUUUCAUGGUUUACUUUGGGCUCGGUGUGGUAUGGAGCUAAACCCUGUUUUGCUCCCAAAAACUUGCUUCCCAGUCGACCACUUGUCUAUAAGGAGCAUGUCAGGAGGAGGUUCAUCUGCGGUCUUUACUUAGUGUAGUUGCAACACAAGACUGUAUUCCUGCCUACACAAUAACUUUUUUCAUUAGUAUAGGAAUGAUUAACCAUAUGGCAGACACAAACAUUUAACAAAAAAAAUUAAUGAUGGCCCAUGUUUGAACUCUGUAGAUUGGCUGGACUGAAUAAGCAGCAUAGAAAGAUCUGUUCACAAGAUUUAGUCCCAGGAUUUAGAAUUUUCACCCAAAUAUAAAAAAAAUUCAUUUUCUUGGGUUACAAAUGAUUUAAUUAGUUUUAUUAAGCCCUUGCUGACAAAAUGCAUACAAUACCUAAAAAUAUCAGCUUUUGGGUAUUGUUAUGUUUCAAGAGUGGUAUAGUAGUAAGAAACAGUGCCUGAAGAUGAUCAAAAAGAGAUUAUCUUGAGAAAAUCAAUCAAGUUACAAAUUGUGUACCAUCUAAUGAAGUUGCAACAUGAUUGAACAGAAAAGAGGAAAAGUCUGUUUAGCUGCAGACAAUGAAUGGAUGGCUAAAGUGAAGACAUUUCUACUGUUAGGAGUAAACUAUGUCUCUGUGCCUCCUGGGGAGCGUGUGUGUGUGUGUGUGUGUGUGUGUGUGUGUGUGUGUGUGUGUGUGUGUGUGUGUGUGUGUGUGUGUGUGUGUGUGUGUGUGUGUGUGUGUGUGUGUGUGUGUGUGUGUGUGUGUGUGUGGGUUUGGGGUGGGGAACAUGAUGCUGAUCAAAGUAGACAGGGAAUUCUAGAACAUUCCACACAGAUGAGGUAGAGUGUCACAGGCUAUCAAAAUAGCACCUAAAAAUCGUUCAGCCCCUUUCUCAAAUGGUCAGGGUUGUCAUGGUUACAAACAUCAGGGCUUUGUCCCCUCCUCCUUCCGAGUUCGUAAGCGCAUUUCCCUGUGAAUAUGGAGUGAGUCAUGCUGCAUGAUCAGAUUAACACAUCAACUUUGACUAACCUGACUCUUAUCAACCCAAACAUCCAACGUUCCAUCAUUAGAUUUUUCUCUGUUUCUCUUUUUUCUUUCACUUAAACAUUCCAACUCCCUCAACUGAGUCCGUCUAAGCUCUACAUAUGCUUGUUCUGUGAUGUUUGUUUGUCAUGAAAACCUUUGCUUCAUGUGUUAAAACACUUACAAUGUGGUUUAAAAAAUUACACUCACACCUUUGGAAGCACUUAGCUGUCUUAAGAUUUCUGUUUGCUGCGACUACUGGUCAAGAGAGAAAACCAAUAUCAGAAAGUAUAAGAAAAUGGGGUCAUUUGGAGUACACCCGAAAUAACUCUAAAUUCAACAGAGGAUGUGAUGCAAUAAAAUACUAGUGCGGAGUGCAGAAAAUUGGGACAGGGAAAUGAAGCUGUGAAAUUCACAGUGUAUUGAAAAGAAGACGUAAAGAAAAAGCCAGAUGUGGUAACUGCCCAGGGGUUUGUUGUGGUCUCGUAGUCUGCUUCUGUCACUGUCACAUUCUGUCUUCAUAGGGUGUUGUCUUAUUUUUGCGGUGGCCAUUGUGUCAGUCAAACUGAAAAAGUGGUAACCCAGACAAAGCCAAAUACUGAACUAAAUGCAGACUGAAAAUCCAAUCAAAAUGCUUCAUAUUUGUGCACUUAACGUCUGUCUGGACUGCAAUGACAAAGCUCAUAAACACUCUCAAAUUUGCACAUUACAUCCAGUUUAGUGGUUCUCCCAGACCCACACAGUGGUCACAUAUAAAUGUGCUAUAAUUUUCCAGUGCCAGCAAGUGUGAAAGUGGUUUGAGUUCAACACGUAUGAAAGUUGUAUUGUUUUUCCAACAUAAGCCACAUUUCAGUGCUUCGUUUACAAAAUUAGACAUGGCUUGAGGCCAGUUCUGGGUUUGACGAGAAUUCAAAAUGAGUUUUUUCUCAACAGAUCUGUGCACUGUCCAUUUUUCUGUGAAAAUCAUGCAAUCAUCUCAGUGAAGCUGUCUCCAUGGUGACAAUAAAAUGUGUGGUUUUGCCUCAAACUAAAACAAUUACAAUAUACAGUGUAUACACUGGGUCUGUGAGAGGUAAUAUUGGUUGAUAUUUUGAGUGCUAUAUAGGAUAUUUGGAUUUAAAGUCAUUUGCUCUUAAAUACUCAUCAUUUUCAAUUCAGCGGUUUAAUUUCAGAAGCACUUUCCAUAUGAAUUUCUGUAGCAUCUUAGAUACAAAGCAGCUCUGGAUUCUCUAAUUUAGUACUAGAGAUUGAUGUCUGAGCUGGUGCUAAAACACUCAGAUGGUUCACUUGUGACCUGUACUGCAAAGUAUUUCUUGUUAGCAUUUUUAUAACAGUGUGACGUAGGCUGGUACACGGUGACAGCUGUGUAUGUUUGUCUAGUAAACCCAGAUGUUUAGAUGUCACUGGGGGAUGGAUGCAGGUGAAUCAAUAGAAAUACCAGCUAAUUGAUAGAUACUGUAGAUGACUCAUUACAUCUCCAAGUAUGUAAUUAGGUACAUGGAUUUUAGUUUCAUCCCAUGCUCUUUUCUCUCUAGUGCCAAAACUGAAAGUGUUUAUGCUUGUAGCAUAUCACAUAAACCACAAGGAACAUCAGCUGCAUAUAUAUAGAAUGUAAUGAGGAAUGUCCUAUUUCUGUGGCAUACCAAAGGUGAUUGUGAGCUUCCCUGUUCCUAACCUUGCAUAAUGAUCAAGGGCAAUUUGGUAUUAAAGAAAGACAAAUAAAAGAGAAGGGAAAUUUGCUUGUAGUUUUAUUUUACUUAUCAGACCACAUGAUGGAGAAUGUGUUUAUGUGGUCAGGUUUACAGAAUACUUUUCUCAAUGUUACAUACAAUUUGAGAUAUUGUUGAUUGUGUGAGGCUUGCUUUGUGUGCUGUCUGGAGUACGCUUGUACAUAAAAAGCACACAGUUUUGAACAGCUGUAUGAAUGUGUUGAUUAACUGGAGUAUUUACAUUUUAUUUAUCUCUAUAGGUAAGGUGAUAAAUAAAAGGUGAAUAAAAUUCCUAUGCAUGGCAUGAUGUUCAUUUGUUCCUGAACUGGAUCAGCUUGUUUCUAUGGCAACAUUUCCCAUUGGAAAGCAAAUGGCAGGUAAAGUAUUUUGGAUCAAAUGCAGUAAGGAACACCCAAGAAGACCUCCCUUGUUCUUCAUUUUCCAGAAUCACAGGACUACCAACAUGGUGUUGUGUUUCUUCCAGUAAAGUACUCUUACUUCACCUGCUUAUCUGCUGUACACUGGCAAGCCAAAAUACCUUCCAGAUAAAAGUUCGGCUAUCCGCAUGCCUGUCAGUACAGCGCUUGUGGAGCCUGUGAUGUUUAUACCAAAAGAAAAGAUCAGAGUCACUGAAGUCAGUGUGAGAUUAAUAGCACUAAGCUUUUGUUCAUGUGUUUCUCCUAGUUAAAAGCAUAACUUAAAUGUGCAAUAGGUAACAUAUUACUGUCUGUAUAUAUAAUUACAAAUGACCUAGAAAUACAUGUGCAGGGUCUCCCAAAAGUCUCCAUACAUAGGGGAAAUUAACACUUUUUAGCAAAGUGUCUUCCAAAAUUUUUCAUACUUAGUAUAUUUUUAUAUUUUUAUAAUAGCUUUUAAAAAUGCCUUCGACAAAAGAAGAACAUAUUGAAAUCAUUCUCAUGGCUGGAUCGGGAAACUGUCACAAGGUUGCAGUAGACUUUAACAGGAAACAUGGCAAGCAUAUCACACAUGACACUGUUGCCAAACUUAUUAACAAAUUCAAAAAGACUGAAAGUGUUGCGGAACAACCAAGAAGUGGACGUCCACGAACAUCCCCUGAUGAAGGAACAACCGAUGUAGUGCUGGCAUACAUAGUCCCCUGUGUGUGGAGACUUUUGGGACACCCUGCAGAACGUGCGGGGAAAAAGUUGAUGAUGAAAAAAGCUUGAAUAGAUUUCUUUUUAAGACUUUGAAUCUCUUUAGUCUCUCCAGCAGUGAAAACUCACACCAGUGUUCACUCUUGUCACACCUUUGCUGUCAGUCCCUUUCAUUU